CCACAUAAGUGGCCGGUCCCAGGCGGUUUUUCCACGGUACCGCGAUUCGAAGGCUCUGCAGAUGUCCUUUCUCCAUAAAAAAUGACUCUCACGGAGGCACGCUUGCCUGUGAGCCUCUAACUCAGGACUUGCACACGCCAAGCGUAAGCAUUACAGUAAUUCGCCUCAUUCCCGCCUCUUCGUGUACCCUUCCGUAGCAGCGCACCUCCAAAUCAUGUUUACCGACAUACGCAUCCCCCGUCGGUCGGCGCGGCGCAUCUUGAGACAUGAAAAAUGUCACCGUCUUUACGGUAUGGUUUGUUUCAGAAACGUUGACUUGCCAAGCUUGUUUCAUCCAAUUCAGCAACAGCAGUCAGCUGCCUGAGUCCUCCUUCACAGCAACUGCGAAAGACCUCACUAAAGCGAAAGGUAUUGGGACGAUUUACCUGAACCCCCUCAAGGUCAAAACCCACAACGUCUCCUACGUGCCGCUCUGCAUCUGCAUAUUCUUCAAAAUGACCUUUGUGCACCAUUGGAUGAUCAUGUGAAGCAAUCUGACGUUGUCCUGACCAUCAAACCCGCCUUGGCCCCUCAGCUUUUAUCUGAGGCUCCCGGAAUCUUGACUUGAAGAACCGCUCUAUCGGCCUUUCUUGCUGAUAGUCCAUCUUUGUCAACCACCUUUGUGCUCUGCUGCCGUUUUGACGAAUCUAGUCUCGUCAGGUAUACCGCUCUUCACCUCAUCUCACCCUUGAUGACGGCCAAUACGUUGCGGAGACGUAUAACAGAGUACGCCUGACAACGCCGGAGUUUUUUUUUUAUUAUACCCCCUACCUCACAUUAUACGCAGCCUUUGCCUUGGUAACAUUCUCCGCGAAUCCCGCCGGAAGUGGUUUCGUCCCCGCCGAACGCUGCAAUGCUGGUACUUCUUUCUGCCUCAAUCGCGAACCUAGGCAUCCGACUACUUGAUCUAUGUACGCCUCUUCUGGGAUGCAAGUCACGACUAUGAAGCUACGUUUCUUGAUAUAAUUCUUACUGUUGUGUCAUAGUGGUUAACCUAAAAUGUCAUGGGUUCGGACGCUCUGAGCUUGAUGUUAACGGUUUCAAUGCGUAUCAGCUCCUGCCUGAAAGGCAUACAUCAGUGGAGAUGUCCUUGCCCAAGAUGGGAGAUUCUAGGCGGUCGCAUCAUGUUGUCCCGUCUGGAAGAUUGUAACCUUCAAGGUUAACAACGAUAGUGAUGGUAAGCUCGACUUGACGAGGAGCGCAACAAAAAAUCAUAUGAAAUCUUGAGCCUAGUGUAAACCGAGGAAGUUCGUGCGUUACUUCCAAAUACGGAACUACCCUAGUGGUCAUGUAUACUGCGUUGGGUGCUCACUCAAGUUGAGUGAGCACCCAAGAUGAGCGACACGUGCUCAAUAUAUUCCUCACAUCCGAUGGUGCUUAAUAUGCCCGUGCGAAUGGUGAACUCUAUCAGUGACUUGUUGGCAUGUACCUGUGCAUGACGACUGCCUCGUAGCAGCUCCCCAGGCUUGCAACCGUACGCUAUCGACGAACCUAGCAGCCUCACAAAGACAGCAACGAUGCGGAAUGCUUCUGCUAGUUCGCCCGUGCUACCUCAGGAGUUAAUUGACGAGAUCCUCGGUCAUCUAUGGAACGAUAUUCCCUCUCUGCAUUCGUGUACAUUGGUCCAUUCCUCAUGGUUGCCCACCAGUCGGCUACACCUGUUUCACACGCUGAAUGUCACUUGCGAGGUUAAAACACAUUCACCCGCCUUCCAGAAUCUCAUGGCAUCGCUGCGAUUCGGUGACCUAUCUGAUAAGUGCCACCUCAUCUUCGAGCUCUGCCUAAGAGGUUCGGAUACUAGCAGUUCAUCCGAACGUCAGGGACCCUUGUUCAUCAGUACUCUCGCCAUGAUCAUUACCCAAAUUCCUAACCUUCGGAGGCUUGAACUACGGAAUCUACAUAUCGCAGUAGAUGUCACUCCAGAGAACUUCCGAAGAGCUGCAUGCGACUCCGUGGAAUCGCUCGUAAUGAUAAGUGUCAUGAUCAUUUCCACGGGGGAUAGCAGUGGAAACCGUUUGGGCCGUCUCUACGCGCUCUUCCCGAGAAUCCAAGAGCUUCAACUCAGCCAGUUCUAUUUGGAGGAAGAAUCAGACCAUUUCCCUUUAGCCACUGGGCGGACCUUUCCUUCAUUACGAUCCUUUGCAGUGAGCCUCAUGGAUUACACAACAGAUCCUGAAGAACUCAUUAUAAUCUAUCGACGUCUCCUGUCAGUGAGCCCAGUGCUGCGUCUUUAUGUUUUCGGGUUCGACACGCGUUCAGGAACUGGAUGGGUUGCUGCUGGUCGCAAUACGUUAGAACAUCUCCAUCUUCAAAUCUCUGGCACGUCGCAAAGGUUCAACCCGAACGUUUUCGACCUGUCCUUGUUCAGUCGCUUGAAGUCGGUUCACAUCAGUGUCGAAAUUGAACCUCUCGACCGAAGGGUGUUUGCCAAAAUGGAUGGGAAACCAUUGCGCGAUCUUUUCACCUUCAUUCAGUCUGUUUUGCUUGAUGCGGGAUAUCCUCCGCAACUGCAAUCACUGAUACUGAAGCUCAGAGUCAUUUCUCAGAAUCUCACCCAUACGGCAUUGGAAUUCGCUCCGAAUUCAUUGUCAAAAUGGGAAGAGAUGGGCGAUGCAAUCAAUCUCAUGUCUUCGGAAAUGGAAGUAACUGUCAUCAUCUUAGAGCACCUGCGUGGAAUGGGGAGGAGGUCAGACUGGGAGCAGAUGGAUUCAUGGAUGACAGCAACACGUCUCGGGGAUCCAGAGCUCAAAUUGAAGGCAUGCAAGAAUAUUUAUAAAAGUGGACGAUUUGAUGUCGUGAAUAUGCGGGCUUUCUAAGAUAUGUGACAUGUAGUCAACCGGUAAAUGUUACCAUUAUGUAUUUAAUUUAUGCUUUGAAUGAACAUGAAACGUACAGAUC